AUGGAUGUCACGUGUUUCAGCUGUAAACAGAAGGGACACUACUCGAGGGAGUGCCCACAGCGAAGACCAGCCUAUGGGAGAAGGGAUAAUCGAGAUGGACAAAGAAGAGAUAUGGACAGAGAUAGAGGAGACAGAGAAAGGACCUACCCUCGAGGCCAAAGGGAGGUCCAAAACUUUGGCCAACAAAAACCAGAAGUGAGAGAUACGUUGAGGCCAACUGCCCUCAGAAGGAAGGCUGGACUAUGCGAUGGCAUUUACAUAAGGGGGAUUAUCCAGGGCACACCUGUGGUGCUCACAGCAGAUACUGGAGCGUCGGAAACCGUGCUGUCGGCGAGAUUUUUCAACCGACUCGACGAAGAAAACAGACCUGAGUUUGAAGUAUCAAACCUUCUAAAAGGGGCAGGAGGAGCUCCACUGAACGAAUUAGGAAAAGGGACCUUCUCACUUCAGAUGGGCCCUUUAAUUAUGCAGCAAGAGAUGGUUGUCGCGGACAUAGAGGAUGAUUGCCUGCUGGGAAUAGACGUACAGCAGAAUGAAAACAAUGGACCAGCAGACAUGAUGUUAAGCAGAGGAGUUAUAAAGCUCCAGGGUCAUGAGAUCCCAUGCACACAGAUAGGCAUGUCUAGCCGUGUUAGGAAGGUUACAGCCACAGACACACAAGAUAUACCUGGUUAUAGUGAAACUUUAAUUGAGGUCACCAUAGAACGUAACGAUACUGAUGACUUGAUAGAGGAUUGUCAUUUCUUGAUAGAACCAACAGACCAUUUCAUUUCCAACUACCCUCUACGAAUGGCAGCGACGCUAGUAGACAUCAACAAAGGUGCUACCAAUAUGAUUAGGUUGUUAAACCCAUACCCAACUCGAGUCACUGUAAGACAAGAUGUUGUACUGGGCUGUGCAGAAAGAAUAGGAGAAGUGAAGGUAUUGGCUACACAUGAGUCUAAUAAUGAAGAUGGAAAUAAUUUCUCAGUGAGAAGGAUACAGAUCCCGAAACAGAAACAAGAAGUAAAAGUCCCAGGUGUAGGGGUUGGCUUAUCACAGGACAAAGUUCCUGAACAUUUACAGAACCUAUAUGAGUCUGCUUGCAAGGGACUUUUAGAAACCGAACGGGCUAAGAUAGCAGAAUUAUUGGUGCGCCAUCAGGACGUUUUCUCGAGGAACGAAUGGGGCAUAGGACUUACAAACAUCACAGAACACAGUAUUGACACUGGCGAUGCGCCGCCAAUAAAACAGAGACCACGAAAGGUGCCUUUAGCCUUCGCUAGUGAGGAAAAGGAUGCGAUUGAGGACCUGAAAGCAAAGGGUGUGAUAAGGGAAAGCACGUCACCAUGGGCAUCCCCUCUGGCACUCGUGCGGAAGAAGAAUGGUUCUGUUAGGCCAUGUGUCGAUUACAUGAAGUUGAAUGAACUGGUGAAACCUGACGGCUUUCCCAUGCCUCACGUAAAAGACUGUCUGGUUGCCGUUGCAGGAUCGACCCUCUUCAGCACCUUCGACCUCACCAGCGGCUAUUUUCAGAUUCCACUGAAGGAGGCAGAUAUAAGUAAAGUGCCUUUGUCUGCAAAUACGGUCAAUUUGAAAUGA